UGCAACCAAUAUGGAGGCCCGCUCCACCUCCCUGCUUCUACUGACUUUGAUGAUCCAUCUGCUUUCGCGCGUCUUGGCCCGCGAAUUCCUCUCGCCGGGCUCCUCACUCUCCGUCGAGGAUGGCUCCGGCAUGCUCCAUUCACCAAACGGCGCUUUCACCUGCGGCUUCCACAACAUCUCCCCAAACGCCUCCGUCUUCUCCGUCUGGUUCGCCGACACGGCCGAGAAGACCGUCGUCUGGAGCGCAAACCAUCUCCGCCCCGUCUACUCCUGGGGAUCCCGGGCCGUGCUGCACACCGACGGCAGAUUGGUUGUGGAAGACUACAAUGGCCAGCCCGCGUGGGAAAACAAUGUCAGCUCUUCAUCAGAGGCCGAGCAAGCCCGGCUGUUGGACACGGGCAACCUCGUCGUCAGCGGCCAAGGUGAUAUCAUUCUGUGGCAAAGCUUUGAUUCUCCUACUGACACGCUGCUGCCCAAUCAGAGCAUCAGUGCUGCUACAAAGCUGGUGUCCACUCAUAGGUUACUUGUUCCGGGGCACUACAGCUUCCAUUUCGACGAUGCGCAUUUGCUCUCACUGUUUGACGAUGAGAAGAACAUCUCUUUUAUCUAUUGGCCAAAGCCUGAUCUUGCUACCUGGGCAAGGCAACGAAACCCAUUUAGUACCACCACCGUUGGGGUCCUUGAUAGCUGGGGGUAUUUCCUUGGGAGUGAUGAUUUGACUUUCAAGUCUACUGACUGGGGUCCCGGGAUUAUGAGGAGGCUAACGUUGGAUUAUGAUGGCAACCUCCGAUUAUACAGUCUAGAAAACCGGAAAUGGUCGGUCACAUGGAUAGCAUUUCAGACCUGCUUCGUGCACGGUCUGUGUGGUAUGAAUGGAAUAUGUGUGUAUACACCUAGGCCUGCUUGUGCAUGUGCCCCUGGACACGAGGUCAUCGACCCAAGUGACCGGAGCAAAGGUUGCCGGCCGAAGUUCAACCUCAGUUGUAAUGGGCAGGAGAUGAAAUUUGUGAAGCUACCCUCCACUGACUUCAUAGCUUAUGAUCAAAGUAAGCGCAGCUUAGUUUCCUUUGAUACUUGCAAGCAGAUAUGCAUGAAUGACUGCAGUUGCAAAGGUUUCUCAUACUGGCAAGGAGGUGGAUCCUGCUAUCCAAAGUCAUCCCUUGUUGGUGGUGUAACCAGCCCAGGUUUACCUGGUUCUAUCUAUCUCAAGCUUCCAAAGACAGUACAGGUCUCAGGGUCCUCAAUUCCUCAAUCGCAGCCUUUUGGUCCCACAUAUGCUCCUAACUGUAGUGCAAAGAACAAAUAUUUCACUGCAGAUUUUCCAGAUAUACCCAAGAGCAAUCAGAGUGGAUCAAAGUAUUUGUACUUCUAUGGGUUCUUAUCAGCGAUAUUUUGUGUGGAGGUAAUGUUCGUGGCAUUAGGAUGCUGGUUUAUGCUGAGAUUGGAGGGCAAGCAGUUAACAGGAGUAUGGCCAGCUGAGGUUGGCUAUGAGAUGUUAGCCAACCACUUCCGGAGAUAUACAUACAAGGAGUUGCAGAGAGCAACUCGGAAGUUCAAGUAUCAGAUUGGGAGGGGCGCAUCUGGUCUUGUGUACAAGGGGGUCUUGAAAGACAAGAGGGCGGUAGCAGUGAAAAGGUUGGCAGACAUAAACCAAGGCGAAGAAGAAUUCCAACAUGAACUGAGUGUGAUUGGAAGGAUUUACCAUAUGAAUCUGGUGAGGGUUUGGGGAUUCUGUUCUGAUGGUCCACACAGGAUAUUGGUUUUAGAGUACGUUGAGAAUGGUUCAUUGGAUAAAACCCUGUUUAGUAGAAAGGGCUCACAGGUAUUACUUCAAUGGAAUGAAAGAUUUAAGAUUGCUCUAGGGGUGGCAAAAGGAUUGGCUUAUCUUCAUCAUGAGUGCUUGGAGUGGGUUAUCCACUGCGACCUGAAGCCUGAGAACAUACUGUUGGAUGAGAACUUGGAGCCAAAGAUCACCGACUUUGGCCUUGCAAAACUUCUGAAUAGGGGUGGAUCCAACAAAAAUGUAUCUCGGAUCCAUGGAACUAGAGGUUAUAUAGCUCCUGAGUGGGUUUCUAGCCUCCCAAUAACAGCAAAGGUUGAUGUCUACAGCUUUGGAGUGGUUCUCCUAGAACUACUGAAGGGGGCUCGUGUUUCAGACUGGGCGUCAAAUGCUGACGAAGAAGUGGAAAUGGUCCUUCGAAGGGUCGUUAGGAUGCUUGCAGAAAAUCUGAUGCUGGAGGGUAGCAAACAGUUAUGGAUUGCUGACUUCAUUGACUCCAGGUUGAACCGCCAGUUCAAUAACCUGCAAGCAAGAACAAUGAUCAAGUUGGCUGUUUCAUGUGUAGAAGAAGAUAGUAGAAAAAGACCCACAAUGGAAAAUGCUGUGCAGAUGCUUCUUUCAGUUGAUGAAGCCAGUGCCAUAAUGCAGCAGUAUUCUACCAACUGAACAAAGAGUUUGGUGUUUGAUAUAGCAUACAGCUUCGAUGAUUAUCACUGGAUCCAAAACAAGAUAUCUAUGAAGUGUGUCCAUGUAAAUCAGGAACUGCAUGAGCCACUUGUAUGCCAAUUUUCAGUUUCGACCACACUGUACAAGAUUAUGUAGUCUCAUAAUACUAAUAUUUGUGGAAUCGUUAUGCUAGCUUGUGUUGUAACAGAUAAGAUUUCGUGUGACCAUGUGGUUUACCGUGAAUGCACAAUAUUUUCACGUUUG